UCAUUCAGCUUAACGUCGGCGAGUUGCUGUUAAACAGAAAGAAGGGUGUUUUUUUUAUUUUUUUUUAAUGCAUUUAAACUAGCAACCCGGACGCCGGUGCGAUACCGUAGAUGUGUUAGAAAACAACCCCCCCCCCAAAAAAACCCGUCAACUUAUUUGAAGAAAAUAGCAAAAUUCAUGUAAAAAAAACGACGAGUGCCAACGCGAUGACAGCGACGUCUCUUUGGCACGAUGCACGGAGCCCCGUGACCGCGGGAGGCUGACCGAGACGUGCACCACCACCACCACCGGAGGGGCGGAAUGGCACAACUGCGUGCGAGCGUUGCACGGAGGCGAUAGGGCGGGCAGGAAAUUGGAGGAAACCUGACAAGCACCGCAAAAGGCUUCGACCCAGCAGCUUGCGUGUGUGUGUGUGUGUGUGCGUGCGUGUGUGUACGUGCGUGCGUGUGUGCGUGCGUGUGCUCUCGAAAGUGCCUAUGGCGGAGUUCGGAGAGGACGGCGACCCGCCUCCAUUGCAUCCCGGGGACGCGGACGUGCCCGGCGCGGGCAAGGCGAGUUGCGAGGGGUCGGUCCUGAAUGGGGACUGCGGGAUAUCGGACAACAUGGUCGGUUCCGGGUCCCUCGCCGCCGCCGCCGCCGCCGGGGGCCAAGCCGCGGGGAGCGCCGCCGACGCCUUCGCCGGACCGGACGCCAAAUGUGAAAUCCCGCGCAGGAGCAGCAUAAUCAAGGACGCCUCAAGACAGCGUAAAGAAAGAAAGAAGACGGUGUCGUUCAGCAGCAUGCCCACAGAGAAGAAGAUCAGCAGUGCGAGCGACUGCAUCGCCGCCAUGGUGGACGGCUCUGAGCUGAAGAAAGUGCGAUCCAACUCCCGCGUCUACCACCGCUACUUCCUCCUGGACGCCGACAUGCAGUCUCUGAGAUGGGAGCCCACCAAGAAGGAAUCAGAAAAGGCCAAAAUUGAUGUGAAAUCCAUUAAGGAGGUGCGGACAGGCAAAAACACAGACACUUUUAGAACUAACGGCACCUAUGAUCAGAUAUCAGAGGACAGUGCCUUCUCCAUCAUCUUCGGGGAGAACUACGAGUCCCUGGACUUGGUGGCAAACACUGCAGAUGUGGCCAACAUCUGGGUGACGGGGCUGAGAUACCUGAUCUCCUAUGGGAAACACACCUUGAACAUGAUCGAAAGCACUCAGAACAACAUGCGGUCAUCGUGGCUCGGUGAGCUGUUCGACGAGGCGGGCGGGAACAACAGCAGAAAAAUAUCGCUAUGUGCUGCCGUGCAGCUAGUCAAGAAGUUGAACCCCGGACUUAAAAAUGUGAAAAUAGAACUGAAGUUCAAAGAGCUCCACAAAGCCAAGGACAAAGCAGGAUGCGACAUAACAAAAGAGGAGUUCAUUGAGGUCUUUCAUGAUCUUUGUACCAGACCAGAAAUCUAUUUUCUCUUUGUUCAGUUCUCCAGCAACAAAGAGUUUCUGGAUACCAAGGACUUAAUGAUAUUCCUGGAGGCAGAGCAGGGGACGGCACAAGUCAGCGAAGACACCAGCCUGGAGGUCAUUCAGAAACACGAACCGUCUAAAGAGGGCCAGCUCAAGGGUUGGCUUUCCCUCGAUGGCUUCACCAACUAUCUGAUGUCUCCAGAGUGCCAACUAUUCGACCCCGAACAAAAAACCGUUUGCCAAGACAUGAACCAGCCCAUGUCCCACUAUUACAUCAAUGCGUCCCACAACACGUAUCUGAUAGAGGAUCAGUUCCGAGGUCCCUCCGAUGUGACGGGCUACAUCCGUGCCCUCAAGAUGGGCUGCCGCAGCGUGGAGCUGGAUGUCUGGGACGGGCCCGAUAACGAACCGGUCAUUUACACCGGUCACACCAUGACGUCGCAGAUCGUCUUCCGCAGCGUCAUCGACGCCCUCAACAAGUAUGCCUUCGUUGCGUCCGAGUUCCCGCUGCUGCUGUGUUUAGAAAACCACUGCUCGCUGCAGCAGCAGAGGGUCAUGUUUCAGCACCUGAAGAAGAUCCUCGGAGACAAGAUCCACGUGGAGCCUCCCAAACCCGAGGACUGCUACCUCCCCUCUCCCUUGGCGCUGAAGGGAAAGAUCCUGCUGAAGGGUAAGAAGCUGAGCACCGCUUGCACCGCUUCGGAAGGCGAGGUGACGGACGAGGACGAGGGGGCGGAAAUGUCUCAGAGGAUGAGCAUCGAGACGGCGGAACCACAGACGGUCGCUCCGAAGAAGUUCCAGCUGUCGAAGGACCUCUCCGAUCUGGUGACCCUGUGCAAGUCCGUGGAGUUCAAAGACUUCCCGACGUCCUUCCAGAGCCAGAAGCAGUGGGAGCUUUGCUCGUUCAACGAGGUCUUUGCCACGCGCUGCGCCAGCGACUUCCCCGGCGACUUUGUGAACUACAACAAGAAGUACCUCGCGCGGGUUUAUCCCAGCCCCAUGCGGAUCGACUCCAGCAACAUGAACCCGCAAGACUUCUGGAAGUGCGGUUGCCAGAUCGUGGCGAUGAACUACCAGACCCCCGGCCUGAUGAUGGACCUGAACAUCGGCUGGUUCCGGCAGAACGGGAGCUGCGGCUACGUGCUGCGUCCGGCCAUCAUGAGGGAGCACGUGUCGUAUUUCAGCGCCAACACUAAGGAUUCCGUUCCCGGUGUUUCCCCGCAGCUCUUGCACAUCAAGAUCAUCAGUGGGCAAAACUUCCCCAAACCCAAAGGCUCCGGCGCCAAAGGAGAUGUGGUCGACCCGUACGUGUACGUGGAGAUACACGGCAUUCCCGCCGACUGCGGCGAGCAGAGGACUAAAACGGUCAACCAGAACGGAGAGAACCCUCUGUUCGACGAGAGCUUUGAGUUCCAGAUAAAUCUCCCCGAGCUCGCCAUGGUGCGCUUCGUGGUGCUGGACGACGACUACAUCGGCGACGAGUUCAUCGGCCAGUACACCAUCCCCUUCGAGUGCCUCCAGCCGGGUUUUCGGCACGUGCCGCUACAGUCCCUGACCGGCGAGGUGCUGCCGCACACCUUGCUGUUUGUCCACGUGGCCAUAACCAAUCGAAGGGGAGGCGGCAAACCACACAAAAGGGGGCUGUCUGUGCGAAAGGGCAAGAGGAGCAGGGAGUACGCCAGCAUGAGAGUACUAUUGAUCAAGGCUGUGGAUGACGUCUUCAAAACCGCCAUGCUGCCGCUGAGGGAGGCGACGGACCUCAGAGAAAACAUGCAGAACGCUAUCGUGUCCUUUAAAGAGCUGUGCGGCCUUUCAGCGGUGGCCAACCUGAAGCAGUGCAUCCUGGCCCUUUCUCCUCGACUCACCGGAACCGACAACAGCCCCCUUCUGGUGUUCAACCUCGCCGACCAGUACCCCAACUUGGAGCCCCAGGGCCUGCUGCCGGAGGUCCUCAAGAAAGUAGUCACCACCUAUGAAACGGUGAUCCAGACCAGCAAGACUCUGCUGGAGAGCUACGAGGGGGUCUACGAGAGGAUUCUGCAAACCCAAAAAGCCGCGAUGGCGUUUCACGAGAACAUCCACGACUCGGCGGUGAAGGAGGGGCUGAAGGGGCGCAAGCUGCACAAGGCGGUGGAGAGCUUCACCUGGAACAUCACCAUACUGAAGGGCCAGUUAGACUUACUGAAGCACGCGAGGAACGAGGUGCAGGAGAACCUCAAGCAGAUCCACUACGCCGCCCUCACCAGCAACCUGAGCAAAGGCGGACCACCGGGGGGCCCCGAGUCCAAGAGCAGGCGCAGCCUGGAGGCCAUUCCCGAGAAGGCCACGGCGGAGGAGGAGCUCAGCGACGAUGACAACUAGAGACCCUCCACACCCCCCACCCCCCUCCUCCCACGACAAACGUUCUGCUUCGCCGCUCUAUUCGCAAACACGGCAGUGUUUUUUCCCCACAUUCCACAUGUUGUACGUUCCGUAACCCCCCCUCUAAAAUCCCAGCUGUGACCUCUGCAUUGUGAUCGGCAAUGCAAAAUGCCACAACCCCCCCCCUCCCCACCCCAAAGGCGACAUACACACGCACACCAGACCUUUAUCAAAGUGCCAGACGUACAUCCCCCCCCCCCCAUUCCUCUCCCCCAGUUAUACUUUCUGGGAGAGCCGAUCGAACUACCAGCCACGAGAUCCUUCAAGACGUCGACCUCACUGUCCGGAGACUGCGUCCUUCUCCUCAGCGGACCGGGGGGGCGGGGGGAAGGCCCCCUCGGGUUAUCGGAGGAGAUUUCCUAAAGCACAAUUUUCUGGAGUUUUGAAUGUAACGAUACGGAAGGAGCGAAAGGUGUAAAGAAGAAGAAAAAGGGUCCGUUUACAAACUGUCUGUGUUCUCGUUUGCCAAAAUGCUACCCUGUGUGUAUAUAUGGAGUUUCCUGUUAGGUUUGUUUUCUGCAGAGUGCAUCGUUUUAUUAUUAUAUACUUGGACAUAUAAGAUUUAUUUUAUAAAGAGAUCUAUGAACAUGUGUGGAGAAAUGAGACGGGUUCUGUUUUUUAAUCUGUAGAUAACGAGGCUCGUUCUGAUAAUAGAAUGUAUUCAAGUCGUCUGAGGGGGCGGAGCCUCAACGGCCCGAGAAGGAAACCCGACCGCCCUCGUAAAGGGCUCCAACAACCAGCACUUCACCUGGGGGACAUGUUCCGUCCGUCUUAUGCUCUGAUUGCUCCACCGAUGGAAACGGGUAUUUAUUUUUUUUGAAAAGGUCUCCUUUUAGCGCUCUGCAAGCCGUCAAACGCUGACAGAUUUUGGGGGAUUUCUUUGCCCCGACCAACCAAGCAACCAAACGAGCCCGUUGUCGUUCCCCGAUAUGCGAUUGUUCCGGUUCCGUUGGACGUGAGGCGGCUUACAGACUGUGGACCGGAGGUCAUUUAGACUGGUUUCACUCCACCGCCCGGUCCGUUAGUCAGCCUUCAAUGCAAAGGUCACUUCCUGCGGUUAGGGGGGGGGGGGGGGGGGGGGGGGUGUUUCGGCGGCGGUCCCACAAAAACCGCUUUGUAAAAAUUUAAACUCAGGUCUGUUGAGAAGACGUUGGGGGAAAAGACGUGAACUUGGGAGUAAUAAUAACACCUGUGAUUUCACGUUGCUGUUUUCUCAAACGGUCGUUUAAAAAGCUUUUUCCCCACUUAUUCUUAUUCGUAACAGUCCACACAUUUGUGUCUUUUAUUUCAAAUGAACAACAACAAAAAAGAAGUUACCUUCAAUAACAAAGUGACUAGACGCUCCGGAAUGAUCAGCGACGCGUUGACACCCGAGAUGAUCUACACGGCGGUCCAUGAAGUACGCCAACGACAAACGAGGCUUCAGGAAGGCCGCAACGUUCCACGUUGAUUCACAGUUAUGGUCAGUUUGGCCUUUAUUUUCCCAUUUAUGUUGUUUAUAUCCAUGUUCACGGGGAGGUUAUUUGCACAAUGAAACACUUUGUAGUAACCAAAUCCAAUUCUACAGCGCCACAAAAUGUAGCCUCCAAGUCACCCGUAAACAUCCAUGAAGUGAGCAGGUUGUACAACUAAGAAUUCAUCAGCAAGGUGUAGCUAGUAAACCGCAAGUGGGCUUGAAAGAAAGAAAAAAAUAUAUUUAAAUAAUGUUUCUAUACAUUUACAAGCCUGUAUUUGUGCUGUACGUAGUUUUGAUGAAUAUACAACCAAUCAUGUUACUGUGUGUCAAUGUGAGCCGCUGCCCACUCGUUUCUAUCAGCAGUUCCACCUGCAAUAGUGAGAAGAAUUCAGCUGCAUACAGAAGAUAUGAAACCUGCACCUCGAGUACUCAGAGAAAAUAAUGUGGCGUAAGUGCUGCCAACUGCUGCCUUUAAACCAGAGCAGGGCGGCACAUCAAGCUCCUCAAAUGUUUAAAUCACACAGGAAUUUUUUUAAAUGAAAAAGGUUGUUUUUUUUCACUUCCACUGCCAACACGUCGUACUAUUCAACGCGGCCGCGUUUGUUCUAGAAGGAACUGCGGCUCCAGACGCAACGAAUCAUUUCCUCUUAGCUCCCCGUUUGAGGAGGACGAGGCCAAAUAAAAUAAAGUGAAGGGAAACAUUACGAAGCGUUUUUGAUGCCAGUUGUUUGAUCUUCUGGCUUCUUCAGGGACACAAAUACGUAGACGCAUCUUCUGUUUGAGCAAAGUUAAUGAUUCACAUUUCUUUUGUGACCUAAUUUGCUUCUACAAAAGAAAAAACAAAUUGACUGAAAUGCUAAAUUGGAUUAGAUUUUCAUUUUUUCAGGCCACAUUGCCCCGCCCUACUUUCUUUGGGGUGGUGGUCUACAUCAAGGUAUUGAUAACCAGCAAGAAACAAUUACUUGAAUUCACUUACAGAUUUCCACACAGUAAUUGUUAUUCAAUUUGACACAAGAACAUUUGGACUGUUAUAUAAAACUCAACCUGUUUCUUUCAUCUGCAGCUCUUUUCUCUUUUAAACGCUUUGCGCAAGACGAAAGACGUCUGAACUCCACUGAAGUGCCAAUCGGCGUGUUUCUCGUUUCGGAGAAGACAAAAGAAAAAAAGCAAUUGAUAUUCAUACCGUCUCAUGUCUUCAUCUGUCCGGUCCCAAAGAAUGAAUAAACAUUGUUGGAUAGA